AUGGCUACCAACGGCGGAAUACGUUAUUGGAUUAAAGAAAGCAUCAAAGAUCGAAUUUUCGAAGAUGAAUACAGCCAAGGCAAGGACUUAGGGCAAGGUUCCACAGCUAGUGUGCACAAAUGCCAACACAAAGGAACUGGUCAAUUUUGGGCGGCUAAAAUAAUUCGAAAAAAUGUGCAGAAGAAAAUAGUUUUAACCGAAAUUGGAAUAUUGUUAAAAAUCCGUCAUCCAAAUGUAGUGCGUCUGAAGGAAGUUUUCGAGACAGAGGAUCGAAUCAUAAUGAUUUUGGAAUUGGUAACCGGUGGAGAACUCUUUGAUCGUAUCGUCACUACUGGACAUUAUUCCGAGAAAGAUGCAGCUAAGGCGGUUCUUGAUAUCUUGACAGCCGUCGACCACCUUCACGAUAACGGAGUGGUUCAUCGGGACCUAAAGCCAGAAAAUAUCCUUUAUGCAGAUUUGAAAGGAAACUCUCCUUUAAAAGUUGCUGAUUUUGGACUUUCUCAAAUCAUUGAACCCGAAGUGAAAAUGAGCACAAUUUGCGGUACCCCUGGGUACUGCGCUCCGGAGAUUCUUUCAGGAAAGAAAUAUGAAAAGACAGUGGAUAUAUGGAGCGUGGGUGUUAUAACCUACAUCUUACUCAGUGGUUACGAGCCUUUCUAUGAAGAUAAUGAAAAGAAAAUGUACAAAAGGAUAAUAAAAGGGGAAUAUUCUUUUCCUUCCCCAAUAUGGGAUAAUGUAAGUGAAAAUGCUAAAGAUCUAAUACGGAAAAUGCUUCAUAUGGAUUCUAAAAAGAGAUUAACAGCUAAACAGGCAUUGAAGCAUCCUUGGGUUAGAGGUAUUGCAGCUAAAGCAGAGCACAUGGAAGGAGCAAUAGAGCAGAUAAAGGAGUUCAAUGCCAAAAGAAAGUUAAAACAGGCAACAGAAGCUGUUAUGGCUGUUUCUAAACCUGACUCAAAUAAAAUGCAGAGCAUGAGCAUUCAAAAUGAACAAUGA